AUGAAUUCCAGAAAAACACUUUCAGAAACAAGGAGAGGAUUCACUGUUGGUAAAGCUUAUGCCACUGCACACUCAUGGCAGCUCCCAGAGAUCCUCAUUGUGGAUGUCAAGCCACCCUUUUGGACCAACACAUGUUCUAAACUUUGUGAAGCCCUGGAAAACUUCUUCUGUCUAGCAUGUAGUUUGGCAGGUCCCUGUCGCAUCCCAUUGCUGAGCCUAUAUGUGGUGCAGAACCAGCACGAGUGCCUCCUUCCCUUUGUGCAAGUAAAAGGGAACUUUUCUCGGCUUCAGACCUGCAUUUCAGAACUUCGCUCCUUACCAAGAGAAGGCUCUUUCCAACAAAAGGGAGACAGAGUGAUGCAGGCUGUGCAGGAUGGGCUCCAGCAGUUUAAACAGUACACCAGACAUAUGCUAGCAGGAGGCUCAGUGAACAGUUCUGUUGAGAUUACAGUUUUGACUAGUCAGCCAGGCAAGGACAUGGUGAAACAACUGGAAACAGGGUUAAGAGAGAUAGACCUGGUGAGUCUGCGGAAACUGCAGAUCAUAGAGAUAUCACAAGGAGACUUGCUGGAGUCAGAGGAUGUGGAGUGGCGCAUACAUGCUGAGGAAGAGGUCAGCAGUGAUGACAGUGUGAUCCUGGGGAUGGACAUUGACCUUCAGACCAUAGAGAAUGAUGUUGUCAGCUUGGAAACUUUCUUUAAAACCUGGCUUCAUGAUCGUGGCACAGACAGAGAGCAGCUCCAUCUCCUCCUUCCCUCAGGAGACUUCUGUCACUUCACUGCCCCCAGGACAAGUCUAACAUGUGUGAAAUGUGAUAUUCAGGAGAGACUGCUUAGCCCAGCUCUGCUUCCUGGGGCAGCUGAUGUCACAGUGAGAACAGAUGAUGUCAACACACCGUACCAGAUGGCAGCCUGUCCAGCUACGACACUGUAUAAACUCAGAGUCAUAAAGGCUCUGAAGGCUGAAGGGGUUUGUGAAUCGGUGCUGUUUGGGCUUCCCUUCAUCAUUAAACCUACAAGUUGUUGGCAGUUGGAUUGGGAUGAGCUGGAGAUGAACCAGCACAACUUCCAUGCUCUGUGUCACAGCUUGCUGAAAAGGGACUGGAUGCUUUUGGCCAAACGUGAGCCACAGAGUGUGGUUCCAAGCUGGAGCAUCACAGUGAAUUCCUACUAUGUUAUCAUCCCCUCUGACUCCUUCACGCUGCUCGUCAAAGCCAUUGCAGUCAGAGAACUCCUGCUGCCAUGCAAUAUCCCAGCUCUCCCUGCUGACCUUCCAGAGACAGCGCUCAGCACCAUAGAGAGUGCCUUGAACAGUCUGGAAGUGGAACCUAGAUACAACCCGCUCCAUGUGAAAAGCAACCUCUACAAAUACCUGGUGAGCGGGUUCUCCAGACCCCAGUACCGGCAGCAGGCCCAGCCCAAGGCGCAUCGCCCAGGAGAGCGGCAUCACUCGAAACAGCACCAGAGCAAAGCCAAGGCCACAGUAGCUCCCCUUCUUCUGGCUCCCCAGCCAUCCAAAGCAUUCAUAUCAUCUGCUGCAAGGAAGGACGCCUGUGAGCUCUCUCUCUUCUCCAAUGAAGACGAUGAAUUCCUGGGGGGCAUGUAAUGACAAGGGCCUUUCUCUACUACAAGCCCAAGUGUUGAGGCACCCCCCCACACACAUGCCGUCCUGCCCUGGCGCACGCGCACCAGCAGGCCCCACGCACACAUUCCUGUCACUAUGCACUCACAGCUCAGCCUGUUGCUGGGCCCAGCACAGGACAAGGUCAGGCACGCACUGGGCCUGCUUGGCCUUGCUGUGAAAGGCGCUUCCCACCGCUCAUUCUCUUGUUGUUCUACGGUUUUGUUAGUUGCUGAGACAGUCUCCAGGGAGCCUGCUCCGCAGGGGCCCCUCUCUGGCCAUGAAACCCAUUGCUACCCCACACAGCGCCUCCCAUUCAUGUCAGUGCAGCACACAACACCACAUGGCCUCAUAGGGUGGGUUCUGAGAACAAACAUGCACAUACUGGCAUAAAAUCCCGAAGCCCAAGGACCAGGAUUUGCAUUCUAAUGCAGGGAAGAGAUCUUGGAGAGAGCAGUGACCACAGGGCUCCAUGUAAAGGAGCUACCUGGAGCAUGCAGAGGAGCUACCUGGAGGCAGCUUGUGGGCUAGUCCCUGCACAAGCUGCAAUACCAAGCAGCCGUAGCCCUGCCCGAGCAGGCUCCUUGAGCUCCCUGAAUGAACAGUGGUGGUGAAACGGGUUACAAGUUUUCUGUGCGGUCCCUUGAGUCCCAGGGCAGCCCCACACCUCCCCCCGAGUGGCACACAGCCAAUUGCAGGUUAUCCAACACACCACCGUGAUCAGAAGCACUGGCCCAUGUCUUACACCACAGUCCCCAUGAGUCAGCAGCAGAGAAUGGUGGUGCCCUGGGCUAUAACCCCUGCUCCCAGGCCACUCCAGCUGGGAAAGACCCCUCCCUCUGUGCCCCCCUGAGUCCGCUAGGGCUGGGCUGCAAAUGGACAAUGACGGAACCACAGCCUACCGGUAGUCACCUCCCUGCACAGAAUUCUGGCUCUGGGGUCAACGGGAUGGUGUGGGAUUUCCCUGAGACCUUCUCCCCAGUACACAGCUAGGGGCUAAGUCCACCAGAAUUUCAGCUCAGAUGCUAGUUAGCAGUCCCUGCCAGAGCAGAUGCUGGGGAGAGAGUAACUCCCUGUCCUAGCAGGGAGUUGGCCAGAGAUUUGUGUUUAUUGGACUUCAUGGUGGUUUCCAAUUGGGGCAUUACUGGGGUCCCUUGCAUGGCCUUCUGAGCACCCAGGAGCAGUUAGAGCACUGUGUACAGUCCAGAGCGAGUCUGAGCCUCCACGCUUUUAUGGUUCAACAAUAAAAUUAUUUAGCAUAAUGACACCUACAUUGCCUGUUGUGGAUAAUUUGCAUCUUAUAGAGCUUUUCUACCCUCGUCCUUACUCCCUCGUCAGAUGGCAUCAAGUGAGGGCGGCAGGGUCUGUGCAACGCCAUGCACAGUGGGCCCCGAAGCAGGGAGAGCUGAUAACACUAGGGUGUGCUGCAGAGCCUUUAUACUUCUGCAGCCAGGUGCCAUCCCAGUAGUCAGCAGUGGACCUUACUGGCCAUCUUGUCUCCCUCCCUGCACAAGCCAGGCUGGGGAAGAGCAGAUGCUGCAAGGCCAGUGCCUCUGACACAAGCAGACUCUGAUGGAGUUGCCAUUAGCCUGAGCUGUCCUAUCACAGGAGCAGCCGGUCCAGCCCCUCAGCAAGCACCAAGCAGCCAAUCCCACCCUGGCUCAGGCUCAGCUGGAAAUGAGUGUGUUUCUGGGGCAACGGUUCGGCCUUUUAAGAGCCUAAAGCUUAACACAGCAAAGGUCAGGCCUGGCCCUCCUCUCAGUGCUAUAUGGCACUGGCUGCAAGAGGCUGUGCCCCCCAACCAAAACCAUGGCAAGGAUCGCAUUGUGUUGCUUCCUUCCGAAUGCGAGGUAGGACAUGUCCUCCAACAGCUGCUCCCCCGCAUUCAAAUCCUGUGUUGCUGUGACCCUCCCCCUUCAGUUCACACCACACUUUGUGGCAGCAACCAGCUCCCCUCUGGCUCUCUGCAGCUCUCAGCCCCUCUUGGGUGCUACAGGGCAGUAGCCCAGGUACCAGCUUGAGUGCUAAACUCUGCCUGCUCAGGGCAGACCAUGUGACAGCACGUGUAGUGAGGGUAAGGGGUGUGAAUAUGCCAGCUCCACAGGGAGGUUGGAGGAUGCAGCAGGAGGAUGAAAUUCAACAAAGAUAAAUGCAAGGUGCUACUCUUAGGAAAGAAAAACCAAAUACACAUACACAGAAUGGGGGGAAACGAGCUUGACAGCAGCACUGCUGAGAAGGAUCUGGGAGCUGUGGUGGAUCACAACCUCAAUGUGAAUCAGCAAUGCGAUGUUGUUGCAAAAAAAAAGAAAAUGUAAUUUUGGGUUCCAUUA